AUGCUCCCCUAUUGUACCUUCAUGCCCAGGGCUCUACUGGGGAGCCCGUCCCAGAGUUGGAAAAAUAAUCAUGUGACCUGGGCUGUCCACAGCAAUGAGUCCAACACGCUGUACCAUAUCCUGAUGGAAGAGCUGAUCCGACAGAAGGAAGCAACCAUGCCAGGAAACCUGUCAGAGGAGGAAAAGAUGUUUCUCUUAUGUUUUCCCUUGCAGAAGUAUAAGCUGGAAAAGAGUAUCAGAGAACUUCACGCUAUUGCACACCAAGUUGAUGCAACCCAUAAGAUGCUCACCAAGACCAGCCUGGUGGCCAGCUCCUCAGGCAACAUCUCUGGACUCAUGAGCCUCUUGGGUUUGGCCCUGGCCCCCGUGACAGUAGGGGGCAGUCUGAUGCUUUCAGCGGCUGGGCUGGGCCUGGGCCUCAGGGGCUGCCACCAACAUGUUGAUGAGUAUCUCUUAGAAAGUAGGAGCAACUCGGCAGCCAGAGACAGAGCCAGCAGACUGGUGCCUAUGGAAACAACCGUGGUGUAUGAAGCUUUUGAAGAAAUAAGGUUGCCUGCAAUCAGUGCUGCUUUGUCGUGUGUGGAUAGAGGUGUCAGAGUCAUCAAGAACGUCAAGGAUUUUCAGGCUUGCCAGAUGGCCACAGCCAACUCUGGCUUCAUGGCUAAGGUCAAUAAUUUCAUGGCCACAAACCAUGUCCCCUUCUGGAGGGGGGAACAGCUACAGACAGCUGUUGAAGGCUCUGCUCUGUCCAUGACCAAAGGUGUCCGGCUACUGGGUGCUGCUGGGGCUGGCUUCCUACUUGUGCAAGACGUGAAAAGCCUGCUGCAGAGCUGGAAGCACCUGGAGGAGGGGGCAAGGGCAGAGACCACCGAGGAACUGAGGACGGUCGCCCUGCAGCUGGAGCAGGAGCUGAGCCAGCUCACCCAGCGCUACAAGCUGACCCUCCGGGGCAGGGCUGGCAGGAGAGCCCGUCCCCGAAUCAGGAGGUACCCACCGUCUGUCUUCCUGCACGUUGUACCCCCUGGGAGGGCAGGGGUGUGCCCCCAGCAUCCAGCAGUGCCCGGCUCACCUCAGCUCCUGGUGCCCAUGUUGGACUGCAAGCUGGACUGGAACCCUAUUUCUAGACUCUUCAUAUUGGCUUGGACCUCUGGGUCAACUCCAUCCUGUUUCCCCCACACCUCUUGCAACAUGGUUGUUCGAAAUACAGGGCAACUCAGCAAUACGACUGGAUAUAUGACAUUCUAUAGUCGGCUGCAAGUUCGAGGGCCAGCCUGGAGGGUGGCUUUACUCUUGGCCUACAGGGAGGCCUGGGGACAGCUGGGCCUGGAGCUGGGCAGCCUCCCCUCCUGCCUGCCCCAGCUCACCACCCUAUGUGUUCGUCGGCCUCCUUCUCCGGUAGACCCCACGCAGCCCAGGGCCAAGGAUGGUGGGGGUAAAGGCCACGCCAGAGGGCCAAAGGCAAGAGGAAGGGCCGGCCAGGAGCAAAGCAGUGAGCAGAGUGCCUGGUGCAGAGGGAACCGUCAAGGAGUGUUUCCUCCUCCCUUUCUGCGGGGACAGGGCGGGUGCGCGUGGAGGAAGAGACAGGGAUGA